UCAACGAACUAUCUCAAGAUUAAAAGAAAACUCUUUCUUUCAAACAUGGACCGAUCCAUGUUUCUUUCCCUAGCACUAGCCUCACUCUUGGUCGGAGUCGUCUCAGCUGGUGACUGGAACAUCUUGAACCAGCUCAAAGGACUCAGAUCGUCAUCAAGCCAAAACGGUGCCGUCGUUUCUUCAGGGGUCAAAACCAACCUGAAAGGCUACUGUGAAAGCUGGAGGAUUAACGUGGAAGUUAACAACAUCAGGAACUUCGAUGUGGUGCCUCAGGAGUGUGUAUCGCACAUUGAGGAUUACAUGACUUCUUCGCAGUACAAGGAUGACGUUGCCAGAGCCGUUGACGAGGUCGUUCUUCAUUUCGGGAGCAUGUGUUGUAGCAAGAAUAAGUGUGACGGUAUGGACGCUUGGAUCUUUGAUAUCGACGACACUCUUCUCUCUACCAUUCCUUACCACAAGAAAAAUGGCUUCUUCGGAGGAGAGAAAUUGAACUCGACGAAAUUUGAGGAUUGGAUAAGGAAGAGCAAAGCACCAUCAGUACCACAUAUGAAGAAAUUGUACCACGAGAUCAGAGAAAGGGGCAUUAAGAUCUUCUUGAUCUCUUCCCGAAAAGAAUAUCUCAGAUCUGCCACCGUCGACAACCUCAUCCAAGCCGGUUACUAUGGCUGGUCCAACCUGAUGCUCAGGGGGCUAGAAGAUGAGCAAAAGGAAGUGAAACAGUACAAGUCAGAGAAGAGGACAUGGCUAACGAGUCUUGGUUACAGAGUCUGGGGAGUGAUGGGAGACCAAUGGAGCAGCUUCGAAGGCUGUCCUCUUCCCAAGAGAACCUUCAAGCUCCCUAACUCAAUCUACUAUGUCGCCUGAUCAAAACAGAACAAAACUUUGAUUUGUCAUCUUUGAACAAGAAGAAGAACCUACGAAUAAGAGAAAGCAGUUUUGUUUCUGA